AUGGCGACUGUGACCACCUCGACGAGCGCGCAGCCGACCGACGGCGUCCAAGGGCGGAAUCUCAUACUCAACCCCUACGAUGCUGCUGUAAAUCAGAAUGGGAGCUUCGAAUCCGAUCGCGUCAUCAAGGCGGGCAAGGUUCAGAAGCGCACACAAAAGACGAGGAGCUGGAAGACGGUCUACCUCGUACUGCGGCCCAACACUCUGUCCAUCUACAAGAACGCCAACGAAGAGAAGCUGAGGCACAAGAUCUACCUCGCCGACCUGUCCACCGUGGCCCCGCUCAAAGACCCCAAGAACAAGAGAAACCACGUCUUUGGCCUCUUCUCCCCUUCCAAGAACUUCCACUUCGAAGCUGCCUCCGCCGAGGAUGCGCAGGAGUGGCUCGACUUGAUCCGCAAGGAGGCUAGGAUAGACGAGGCCGACGAGGAGUUUUACCUCGCCAGCCCUUUUGGAAGCCGACAGUCUUCCACCAGCGCUGCCAUACCUCAAGCCAUCAAGGGCGCCGCCGCGCAACCCCAGCUUGGAGGCGAAUGGCUGCUCUCCACCUCUCCCGAGUACCUUGCCAGUCCUGGCUCGCUCUCCGUCCCGCAAGAUCCCCGCCAUAUAUCGCAUAUGCUAGACUCGUCGGGGCUGUCAGGCAACGAACUUGCCUCGCAUUCUGACUUUUCCGACACCGAGACGAGGCACGUUCACGGCGUCUCGAUCGAAAGCUUGGCCCUCCGCCCUCCCCAACCUCUCGCCGAGGGCGACUCUACGACGCGGCCGGAGCUAGGCCAGAGGAAUAGCAGCCAGGCGAGCGGCCUGAACCUCGACCAGGACCUCGACCGCGUCGUGUGGCAGGGCAAGCUUCAGUUCCUCCGGAGCAAGGGUGGGGUGAGGCAGUGGAAGAAGACGUGGGCCGUGGUCCGCCCCAGGAACAUGAUUCUCUACCGCGACGAAUCCGAAUAUUCGGCCAAAUUCAUCCUCCCCAUAGCGUCCAUCCUCAACGUCGUCGAGAUUGAUCCUAUCAGCAAGACCAAAUCCCACUGCUUGCAAAUCAUCACCGAGGAGAAGAGCUACCGCUUCUGCGCCACGGGCGAAGAGGAGCUUGUGCGCUGCCUCGGCGCCUUCAAAAGCCUCUUGACCAAGAGGCGAGAGCUCCAGCAACGCCUCGCCGCCGCGCAGGCUCCCUCGAGCCCCCGCCCUGGCGGCAAGACUCCGAGACGGAAUCGGCCCCGUCCCCUGUGGAGCCCACCCCUCCUGCGCCGGCUGCGCCCGUGGAGCAAGCUCGACUUUGCGAUCCUCAUUGGCUCCCUUUGCCUCGCGACCGACACGAAAACGUCACCACCGCAAUUACAACCACGAAGAGACGAGACGUCAUACGGAAGCCCUCCCCAGGAAAACGAAUCCGAGUACCAAGGGGGAAGACCGCCAAAGGCCAGCGCCGCGGCGCCGUCUUCCAAGAAGAAGGAAAAGGCCGUGACGAUCGAGGCGCCCGGCGAUGGCGAGGCCAGUGGCGCAAGGACCAGAUCGGGGGCCGCCGCUGCCGCGAAGCCCGUGACAGCGGCCGAUGGCCAGCAGGAUAAUCCGUGGACGCCCGUGGCGCGGAAGCAUUGGCUCAAGUCGAGCGGGCGGGCGACGCGGGUCAAGGUCAAGGCGGACGUGGUCAAGACGGAGUUGUACGACGUGCUCGAGGCGAGCGGGUUCCGGUACGGGUCCGUCCUGGCGCUGGAGAAUGUGCAGGCGCUGGAAGGGUACCUGUGGCCUGGGUUCGGGGAGGAGUCGUCGAAUUAUCAUGUGCUGCUCAUGGUGUUGCUGAUCAAUGCGAAGAAGAGGGAGCAGUUGGAGACGUGGGGCAUCUUUGAAGAUAGGCCCGACGACUUCUCUGCUUUUUUCCGAAGGGUGCUAUCCAUGCUCCUCGAUCAGUCGCUCGCCCCCAACGUCCGGACGCACCUCUUGUCCUUCAUGAUCAACUCGUUCCAGAACCUCGACAGUAUUAUUGUGAGGAAGGAGUGCGUGCCCCUCGUUACCAUCUCCAUCUGGCACAACCUCUCCACCGAGGAGCUGCGCGACGCGAAGCUGGCCCAGUACAGCCCCCUGAAGAAGGCGUGGAGGGCUUCGCUGAAGCGGUACGAUGCCGCGGACGAUGCGACAAAGGCUCGUCUCCGAUUCGAUCGGUCGUGGCUGUUUACGCUGAUUCUAGACUACCUACGUCUACUUUACUCGGAGUCCGGUUCCGAAGAUGUCAUCGCGUACUGUGAGCGGUUUACCGAGUUCCUUGCCGACCUUCAAAGCCAGCUCCCGACACGGCGCUACGUCAACACUCUCAUCCAAGACCUUCACCUCAUGUCUGCAGUGCGACUCUCUCCCGUGUACAGCGACGAGGAAAAUUCUCUCCUGCGCGAUCUCUUCUCCCUCCUCAGCCACUACACCUUCUUCCCCAUCGACGACCACACCUUUGCCCCGUACAACCAGACCGAGGCCUACGAGAGGCACUGCGCUUCCUCCGGAACCUGCAGCGGCCAGCGCGAAGACUUUGCCCCGCUUCUCGAGCCCCUCACCGACGACGAACUCGUCGAGUUUGUCAAGCUCCUGCAGCUCAGGGUCGAGUACCCGGGCCCCCAAAUCUUCCCCGUGGAUCGUGCCUUCUUGACCGAAGUUCUGCUCUACGCGUACGAGCGGCGCAAGUCGUUCCGCGAGGUAGCCAAGGACAUGAGCGUCCUGCCGACGGAGCAGGCCCUCUUUGACAGCAGCCAGCUGCGGUCCGACAACUACGACGGCUCGCGGCCCCUCGCGCUUCCCAAGAUGAGGUUGCAGUACCUGUCCUCGUUCCACGGCGUUCGCGAGAGCGUCUUGGCUGCGCUGAGGCGGCUGAAGCCCGAGGUGGGCAAAACCACCGGUGGAGUGUGGUUUGGGGGUCAGUCGAGGAUGGCUCUCCCUAUCUCGAAACCAACGAUCCUCGAGGUCGCACCGCCCAAGAUUGGAGAGGCCGACCCCUCUAUCGUCAAGGCCGAGAUCACGCUCGAGUUCCGCCGUCUUGCCGGCCACCUGAGACGAGACUGGGACGCGCUGCGCCCCGAUGACGUUAUCUUCCUUUUGCACGUUGCCCCGCCUAGCGACAAGGCCCUCAGCAACGGCAGUUCGGGAGAGGCUACCGAGGCUGAAAAGCACGGCAUCGUGUCCAUUCGAGCCGCCGAGGACCUUUCCCGGGACGCGGCGAGGGCGGCGGCCGGCAAGCCCGACGUGUACGAGGGCAUGAACAUCGUUCUCCGCCGUCACAGCAGGGAGAACAACUUCAAGUCGGUGCUCGAGUCCAUCCGGCAGCUGACGCUCUCCGAGGUACCCCUUCCCUCGUGGCUCCACGAGGUGUUCCUUGGCUAUGGCGACCCGGCUCUUGCAACAUACCGCCACUUGGCGAACCGUGCCAAGUCGGUAGACUACCGGGACACCUUCCUCGACUGGCAGCACUUGAUUGAGAGUCUGCCCGGCAAGAUUAUCGAGCCCGGUGACGAUGCGUCGGGCAGCUUUCCGCCGCCUUAUGUUCUGGAGACGGUAGACCGGCCGCCGGAGCCCGUGGAGAAGCCCUCUAAGAAGCGCAGACGAGGCGCAGAGCCCGAGCUCAUCUCGGAUGUGGAGACGAUCAAGGUGUCGACGUACAAGCCGCCCAACAACGGGCCGUACCCUACGGAUGUGCCAAGGCUAAACGCGGUGCGAUUCACGCCGGCGCAGACGGAGGCCAUUAUGUCUGGAACCCAGCCGGGGCUCACCAUUAUUGUGGGCCCGCCCGGGACGGGUAAGACGGAUGUGGCGACGCAAAUCAUCAACAACAUUUACCACAAUUUCCCGGAGCAGAGGACGCUGCUUAUCGCGCACAGCAAUCAGGCGCUCAACCAGCUAUUCGCCAAGAUUGUGGCGCUCGACAUUGACGAGCGGCACCUGCUGCGGCUGGGCCACGGUGAGGAGGAGCUACGCACCGAAGGCAGCUUCAGCAAGCUAGGCAGGGUCGAGUCCAUCAUGGAGAACAGGGACCGGCUCCUCGUCGAGGUCAGCAAGCUCGCGGCCUCGAUGGGAGCGCCAGGCGCCCACGGCAACUCGGCGGAGACGGCGGGCUACUUCAACUCGGUCUAUGUUGCCCCGGCGUGGACGCGGUUCUCCGAGGUGCUCGACAAGGAGGACGCGUCGGCGCGGGACAUUGUCGAGGCGUUUCCGUUUGGCGACUUCUUCCUGGACGCGCCGCAGCCCCUGUUCCCCGAGGAGGCGGACCGCGAGACAGUGGCAGAGGUGGCGCGGGGUUGCUACAGGCACAUUAGCAAGGUGUUUGAGGAGCUGGAGGACGUGCGGCCGUUCGAGGUGCUGCGGCGCGACAAGGACAAGUCCAAUUACUUGCUCACGAGCAAGGCGCGGAUCGUGGCGAUGACGUCGACGCACGCGGCGAUGCGACGGGCGGAGAUUGCCAAGCUGGGAUUCCACUACGACAACGUGGUGAUGGAGGAGGCGGCGCAGAUCACGGAGAUUGAAAACUUUUUGCCACUGACGAUGCAAAAGGAGGCAAGCGGUGGUGGUGGUGGUGGUGCCGGCGCCGGGGAAGACGGCGGCGAUGAUAAGUCGUCGACGCGGCUCCAGCGCGUGGUGCUCUGCGGCGAUCACUUGCAGAACUCGCCGGUGAUUCAGAACAUGGCGUAUCGGCAGUACGCCAACAUGGAGCAGUCGCUCUUUUCGCGGCUUGUGCGGCUCGGGGCGCCGACGGUGUCGCUCGACAUGCAGGGCCGCGCGCGGCCGGGCAUCGCGGCGCUCUACCAGUGGCGGUACGCGAAGCUGGGCAACCUGCCGCACGUGUCGGAGGCCGAGGAGUUCCGGACGGCCAAUGCGGGGUUCCGGUACGACUACCAGUUUGUGGAGGUGGGCGACUACCACGGGCGCGGGGAGGCGGAGCCGACGCCGCACUUUUUGCAGAACCUGGGCGAGGCCGAGUACGCGGUGGCCAUGUACCAGUACAUGCGGCUGCUGGGGUACCCGGCGCGCAAGGUGACGAUCCUGGCGACGUACGCGGGCCAGAGGGCGCUCAUUAUGGACGUGCUGGCGCAUCGGUGCGCGAAGCACCCGGCGUUUGGGAUGCCGGGGGCGGUGGCGACGGUGGACAAGUAUCAGGGCGAGCAAAACGACUACAUUAUCCUUUCCCUGACCCGAACCCGCAAGGUGGGCUACCUCCGCGACGUGCGACGCAUGACCGUGGCACUCUCGCGUGCGCGGCUGGCAGCUCUUGGCGCGGCCCACGAAGCUGGCGCUCGUGACGGGGAGCUUUGGCCGUCGAAGCGGGUGCUCGCCGAGGAGGAAGCGGUGGCGCCGGGGGCGGGAGAAGGGGCCCAGACCGGAGCGGCCGCCGCGGGAGGAGAAGCCAUCAUGGAGGGCGUGGAGCACCUGGGCCAGUACGUGUUCGAGAUGACCAAGACGAAGAUGAAGGAGCUCAGCGGGGAGGGGAACGCGAUGGUGGUAGAGGGUAGGGAGGAGGAGAAGGAGCAGGAGGAAGUUGUUGAUAGAGUUGUGGAGGAGGAUGAGGAAGAGGCUGAUGGGGUGGCUGCGCCGGAGAAGGAGGAUGAGGAAGAGGAAAAGGAAGAGGAAGAUGGUGAGGAGGAGCAGGAUGGCGCGGGGGAGAAGGAGGACGAGGACGAGGAGUAG